AAGCAACAAGCCUAAAAUCUGGAAUUUCCUAGUACGAUAAGACUGAAAUAUACAACCAUUACCAAAAAAAAUGCAUCCAUAUACAAAAGUUUAUAAUAAGAUCCAGUUGGUAUAUAGUAAUUGGGAAUGUUGAAGACAUAUGAAGUGUUGAUCAGAAAAAAAUAAGACUUGAAGUUAAUUAAUGGAAACCCUCUUUCUCAGCCAGAAGACUUGAAGGCUUCUAUUCUCCUCCGUUGCCCACAAAAACAAAAUUUGCUUCGCCGUUUUCGGCUCCGGCGUGAUUCUUGAGAAGAACUGAAGUAGAGAGAGAGAUCUGAAAUCUCAAUCUCCGAUUUAACUUGGUAACUAGAGAAGCUUUUGAUUCCUAUUCUUUCUUUUGAUUUGUAUUUCUUAGGGUUCCGUUCAUGUAACUUUUACAGCGACAAUGCUUCAAAUUCGUCUUCGGAGGGAUUCCCCGACGGAAACUGGAAAUGGUGCGAGGCCUUCUCCGACGGAGACGGUUACUGUAGCCUGUCCCGACCAUCUCGUCCUCGCCGAUCUUCCUGUUGCGAAAGGAAUCGGUUCCGUGACUCCCACCACCGUAAUCAAGCCCGUCGGUCGUCGUUCUCGCCGUCAGCUAGGCGAGAGAGUUCACUUCUGCGUUCGUUGCGAUUUUCCGAUUGCAAUCUAUGGUCGUCUGAUUCCUUGUGAUCAUGCCUUUUGCCUUGAAUGUGCUCGCAGUGAUUCCAUCUGCUAUCUAUGUGAUGAGCGGAUUCAGAAGAUUCAAACAAUCAAGAUGAUGGAAGGGAUCUUCAUCUGUGCAGCUCCUCAUUGUCUUAGGUCUUUCCUGAAGAAACUUGACUUUGAAGCCCAUGUCCAUGACCUCCAUGGAAGCCUAUUACAAGCCGAUGCAGAGAAAGAAGAUGGUAACCAGUCAGAUGUUCAGAGCACAAUGCAGCAGUCUUCAGCUUCAGAAUCCACCUUGCGAGCUCCUUUAAGAUCCCAGCUGCAACAAUCCCGUGAACUAAACAGGUCGGCGUCAUUUGCAAAGUCACAGUCUGGAUUUAGUCAAGUCCAGAAUUACCCUCCAGAUAGCGAUAACUCUCGCCCUCCUGGAUUCGAAACCGCUAGUCCUAAACCAGGAAUCCGGUUCCCAGACUACCCCCAGCCUAUGAAUCUUAUGCAACCGCCCAGCUUGCCCGUUCCAAUGAAUCAAAACCCGGGUUUACCACAGCAGUUUGGUUUUCCUUCGUAUCCAACAACAGAGAGUGGAUCAUCUCAACAAUUCUUUAACGGUGCUCAGUACGAGAUGACAAGAACAGAGAGCGGCGGAUCAGAACAAAGUUCAUUGCUCGGGUAUCCCCCGCCUUCACCAAUGACGAAUCUGAAUUUCCAAGGAUCGUAUCCUCCUCCAUCAUGGAAUCCCGGAAUGGCACCGCCUCACACGACCCAGCAGGUUAACCGGGGUAGAGACGGUCAAAGUUUUGGGUGGCCACAAGAGAACCGUGAUGGCUUUGGGCAGGAGUAAGAGUAGUCUAGUUUGAAUUUGUGCAAUGUUAAACUCGUCGUUUGAAAGUUUCAAGUACUUUUGUUUCUAAAAACUGUGUCGUUUGUUGUUGGUCUAACAUGUAAUUCGAGUAAACCCAAUUUCAACCGAGCCAAAACCGUGCCAAAAAUUCCAUCGGAAAAACCAAACUGAUUUGGGUUGAACCAAAGGUUUUACACCAUUUUAUAGGAACAACCAUCGUAGAUUGCACCCACUGUGUCACUGUGAUAAAGAAAGAACUAAGAUUGAUAUUUUGGUUUUUAGCUCUUUUUCUUUACUGUUUUGGGAGGAUGAUGAUGAUGGUUAU